AUGAAUCGUUUACUAGUGAUCGCAAUACUAAAUGUUUCAAUCGCGGCGACACUCGUGAGCGGACACGAGUCGUCGCUACAUCAGUCGGCCGACGAGUUAGACAAUCACCUGCAUAUGGAUCAGAUACCGCCGCCAAGCGCUCAGCCGAGUCACGAAGAUAUCGCGGCCCAUCUCUCGCAACUGUUCGCCGACCAGAUGGACAAAGACGGCGACGGCUUUGUCGACGUUCACGAACUGAAGGCGUGGAUAGAAGUGGUGCACAACAAGUUGAUCGCCGAUAACAUUGAGCAGCAGUGGUCUUAUUAUCAGCCAGAGGUACAGGAAGUGCACUCAUGGGAGGGCUAUAACCCGGAGCAGCAGGAAGUGCUUCAUUGGGAUGUUUACGUCAAUAUGACUUAUCCGGACAAUAUCGGCGAUGAGGAGGCCGCCCACGAGUCGGAGAGGUACAGGAAGUGCACUCAUGGGAGGGCUAUAACCCGGAGCAGCAGGAAGUGCUUCAUUGGGAUGUUUACGUCAAUAUGA